UUCAAGGUCUCUCUUAUCCUAAAGAUUCCUCUAUAUAUUUUUCUCUUUAAAAUCUCACAUUCAUCCAACCAAACAAAAACACAACACGAGCAUAGUUUUUCUCACUGUGCUUUUGUUGUGGUCAACUUUGUUCACUAUAUAGUGAUAUUUAUUCUCUUCUCAACCCCUCCUUCCAUGGCUUCAGAUUCCAAUUCAAAUCUUAGAAUCACCAUUGAAAGCAAUCCUCCAGAGUCACGCCUAGCCGAAUUGAACAUCAAGUAUUGGCCAAAAUGGGGUUGUUCUCCAGGGAAGUACCAAUUGAAGUUUGAUGCUGAAGAGACAUGCUAUUUGCUGAAAGGGAAGGUAAAGGCAUAUCCAAAAGGGUCAUCAGAGUUUGUGGAGUUUGGUGCUGGAGAUCUUGUGACCAUACCAAAGGGACUCAAUUGCACUUGGGAUGUGUCAGUUGCCGUGGACAAGUACUACAAAUUCGAGUCACCAAAUUCUUCUUAAGAAUCAACAUCAUCCUAGUGUUUUGGAUCACUCAUCAUUCAUCAUUCAUCCUUGGAUAUUGUUAGUAUUAAAUUAGUUUUAGAACUUUCAUUCAUCAAAUUAUUAUUCGUUCUAGUAAUUCUUUCACAGUUUCAUUGGAUAUUGUUAGUAUUUUGUGGAAGACUGGUGGUGGGGUUGGUUUUUGCUGGGAAUUGGUAGUUUUAGUCAAAAAGAGGAACCAAUUAGUCAAAGGCUUGUCCCGUUCAAACCAAGCAUCUUUAUAGAGUUGGAUAUUUAGAUACAAAUUUUAAUGUUUCUUUGACUCAUCAAUUUAUCCAUGAGAUUUUUUUAAUUAUUUAUGUUCAUGAAUCUGAAGGAAUUCGGUUUGGAA